AGAAGUGACAAAAGUUUUAUUCCUUUAAAGACACGAAAAUUGAAAUAAAGUUGAACACGAUCCCCACCCAUUUUAUAUACGUGUGGUUACGCACAACUAUUACUUAUGUUUGUUCAAUUCUUACUAAUUGGGAGUUGAAUUUGACCAUUUAAAUAAUGUAUAUGCACUGUUGACCAAUAAUACAAUGUAACGUAAUCCCACUCACGAUAUGCAGAUGUUUUGAUGAUUCAUUGCACACAUGUUUACAAAAUGAAAGCAGAUGAUCAAGGUGGUUUGGAAUGUUGUCAAGAAAAUCUUUAGUGUCAUUUUUCUCCUGCUGUCACCUCUUAAGCGCCUAUGGUGUCGGCGUAAAAGGCGGACGUCAGACACAAUUCUGCCUUUGACCAACCAUUAUCCAUCUGUAGAAAACCUGAAUGCAAAUUACUCAGCUUUGAAUGGAUCUAGUCAGGGUGGAGAAGAUUUGACUGCCUGGGACCAGUGGGAUGACCAGCAACAGCAGCAGUACAAUGAGCGUGUGAGGUCUGUGGAGGAAUAUCGUCAACGGCAACUGUUGCAACAGCAACAAUCCCAAGAGGAGAUGCCGGAACCGGACUACUUUCAAGACAUGAUCCCAGAUUAUAAAAAGCAGAAAAAGGUAUUAAUCAAGAAGAGAGAGGAGAACAGUGUGAACACAGGGUCAAUCUCCAGCAAACUGGCCAUGUCAACAGAUGUUCCUUUAAUGCAGUCAUCAGAGCUGGCCAGCUGGGAGGAGCAGGACAAUGCUUGGGAUGAGGACAAUGAUACCGAGCUAGGCUGGGAGGCUGACAAUGUGAUCCGGGAGAAACGGAAACAGGACAGACAACAGCGGCAAUUAGAGAACCAGAAGCGAAACAGGGAGCGGGAACAGCAGAGGCAGGCAAAAUCACAUUCCAAUUUAGCGGCUGUGAGACUAUCGUGAUAAAGGCUUGAAGUGGUGGAAUCUCGGUUAAAUGUGCAUCUACAUGACUGUAUGCUGAGAUUGUAUGAUUUAUAUAAUUUAUAAUGUUGAGUGUAGGAUAAAAUAAGUAAUUUUGUAUAAAGAAGAUUAUUAUGUGCUGGGUAAAGGGGCAGUGAAUGUGUUGUAUGGUAGGUUAUCAAAUCAUUGUCCAUUUACAUUUUUUGUACAGAUUGUUGGUCAUUUAAUUAACAUGAUUACAUUUAUUUAUAUUGUGUGCAGUCAUGAUGAACCUGUAUAUACAUUAUAUGUAAUGCAAUCUUAGAAAACAAGGUCACAGACGAGAUUGAUGUUACAAGAGAAAUCACGUCUUUUAAUACACUGAUUUUGAAGUGUGACAUUGGCUUACUUUUACUGUAUCAUUGUUAAUUGACAGUAAAAAAACCCCAACACCAUCACAUUUAAAAAUUCAGAGUGUUGAAAAGAAACAUGUUUUCUCACAUUACAGUGUGGCUGGGUUUUCACGGAUUGUAAUAUUCUGAAAAGUUUGUCGAAACUGAAAAUGUGUUAAUCUUGACACAUUUUAGAUUCUUACUAUUGUGUUUACCUUAUUGGUAUAGUAGUUUUACAUGUUCUUUACAAUGGUACUAUGUAAGCAACAAAGUAAGAAUGUUUUUUAUUCAUGUGUAUUGAAACUAUGGAUGUUUUCCAUACAAUGGACACUUCUGUACAUGCUGUGGGAUCUUAUGAUGAUUAGUAAGUCAAUAUGUUUCAUUCUCUUAUAUUGUAUUUAUAUGUUAUUCUUGAUCAUUAUUAUCUACAUGAAUACAUAUAUGUUUAUGUUUAAAACAUGCCCUUUCCGUUACACAUAUUUGUGUAAACAUAUUCGAGAUCAGUUUGCCUCAGGAUUAGUUAUGUGGUAAUAAAAAUAGAAUAGCUUUCUUGAUAACAUGAUACAAGUAUGUGAGUGUGGUUUAUAGAUAGGUCAAACAUUUGUUUUAAGUUGUUGUACAAUGAACAUCAUUUGAUUAAAAAAAUAAAAAUAUUAGGGGAAUUUGUAAAUAAAGAAUUCUGUUUGACUUAAAAUAAUGGCUAAAAUCUGUUAUUUUACUUCUUAUAAUUGGGCCUUUAUGUUUCUGAAACUUAACUUCAGUCAAUAUGCGCUCUAUGUACCGAAAUCAGAUCAGACACGCUUGACAUAUUGUCUGACAUCUUUUAAGUCUACGCAGGACAUUUUCGUGUUACCUAGGUUAUUUUUCAGUAAACAUGCAAAUACUCAAAUUAAAUUAUAUUAUAAAUUAUUAUAUAAUAUAAAUGUAUAAUAGGAUAUGACUUCAACACUUUUUUUUUAUUGACAUACAAAAUUUAACUGUGUAUUACACUGCUACAAUUCUGGAGUAAAAUUUUGGUACCAUCUUAAACAUACAAUUAAUUUCUUUAAAACAAAAGUGGUUUAUUAAACUAAUAUAUUUUAACAUAUAUUCAUUAUCUUGACCUGAUAUCUAUGAGUGUCAGAGUUUUAAAUGGAUUUGGCAAUGCUUGUUAACGAUGCAGAUCACCUCAAAAUGGCGUCUUUUGAGGAAAUAUCGGGAAGCCGCAUUUUAGGCUGAUCUGUGCGGGUAGGCACACCACACAGAUAUGGAAUAUAAACAUUCAGUGAAAUGACAUUUAUCAAAAGGCUUUAUACACAGUUAAUAGUACACAUAUCAGUUUUACCCUGACUAAAUCAUCGGGCAAUUCUGUCAUCCAUUCUUUGAACAUAGGACAGACAGUUUUAACAUAUACCAGCAAUGUCCAACGUGUUUUCGAGUUCACUGAUGUGCUUCACAUGCUACUAGAAGUAAGAAUUAGAAGCGCCUUUUGGUCUAGGUGAUUUUCAUUUUACUUCAGAAGUCGUAGGAAAUUUUGUUUAUGUCUUAAAUUUGGGGUUACUUAACAUGAUGUCGCCUUUAACUAACAUAAUGCAGGGAUUGUGAUUUUUAGCGAUAAGCAUCGAUAUUUAACAUUUGAUCAAAGAUAAAACCAGACACAACAUGAUAAUUAUGUGUAUGACCCCACAAUUUAAAUACUUUAAAACUGCAUUUUUAACAUGAAAUGAAUUUACUUGUAUGACAAAUGCAACUGUGAACCUAAGAAAGUUUUUUGAGUGAGAGAUAGAGAUGUUGUCCUUGAAGGUUUGGUAAACAAAUAUCAUAUGAUGAUCACCAAGGAUGAUGAAGUUCAGGAUAAAUCCUGAAGUCAGGAUUGAGUUGUAUAAAUUUGGCCUAAACCCAAUAUACUCAAAAUAAUUAGGAUUUUCAGUUACUUACCAUUGUUACAUAUGUGCAUGCAUGUGCAUGUAUAUUCCUAGUGCUCUUCUGUUGUUGAUUUGUUACAGAUUAACAUUAUUUCAAACAAAAGUUAAUUUCUUAUUGUGUUCAAUAAAGCAGUAUUGACCACAUGUGUAAUAUCGCACAUUUGUGGUUUAUAUUGUAAAUGUUUUUUGUUGUCAUAACAUUCUGGUCAACUACUUGAAUAAACAACAAAAGAUA